UGGCCACCUGUCUGCACCAGUUAGUAGUCAAGAUCUGGGAAACCGAACAGCUACCGGAGGAGUGGAAGGAAGGGAUAAUCUGUCCCAUCCACAAGAAAGGCGACAAGUUAAUGUGUGAGAACUUGCGAGCGAUCACCAUUUUGAACGCCGCCUACAAAGUGCUAUCCCAGAUCAUCUUCCGUCGUCUUUCACCUAAAGUAAAUGAGUUCGUGGGAAGUUACCAAUCCGGUUUCAUCGACGGCCGGUCGACAACGGACCAGAUCUUCACCGUACGGCAAAUCCUCCAGAAAUGCCGUGAAUACCAGGUUCCAACGCACCACCUGUUCAUCGACUUCAAAGCGGCAUACGACAGUAUCGACCGCACAGAGCUAUGGAAAAUCAUGGACGAGAACAGCUUUCCCGGGAAGCUUACUAGACUGAUAAGAGCAACGAUGGACGGUGUGCAGAACAGCGCAAGGAUUUCGGGUGAACUAUCCAGUUCAUUCGAAUCUCGACGGGGACUACGACAAAAUGAUGGACUUUCCUGCCUACUAUUCAACAUUGCCCUGGAAGGUGUUAUGCCGUGACGAGCCGGGCUCAACAGCCGGGGCACGAUCUUCACGAAAUCCAGCCAAUUUGUCUGUUUUGCGGAUGACAUGGAUAUUAUUGCUAGAACAUUUGGAACGGUGGCAGAACUGUACAUCCGCCUGAAAUGCGAAGCAGCAAAGGUCGGACUGGUGGUGAAUGCGGCUAAGACAAAGUACAUGCUGGUAGGUGGGACUGAGCGAGACAGGACAAGCCUUGGCAGCAAUGUUACGAUAGACGGGGAUACUUUCGAGGUGGUAGAAGAAUUCGUCUACCUCGGUUCCUUGCUAACGGCUGACAAUAACGUGAGCCGUGAAAUACGAAGGCGCAUCAUCAGUGGAAGUCGUGCCUACUAUGGGCUCCAGAAGAAACUGCGGUCAAAAAAGAUUCACCCCCGCACCAAAUGUACCAUGUACAAGACGUUAAUAAGACCGGUGGUUCUCUACGGACACGAGACAUGGACGAUGCUCGAGGAGGACCUGCAAGCACUCGGAGUUUUCGAGCGACGGAUGCUAAGGACGAUCUUCGGCGGCGUACAGGAGAACGGUGUGUGGCGGAGAAGGAUGAACCACGAGCUCGCUGCACUUUACGGCGAACCCAGCAUCCAGAAAGUGGCCAAAGCCGGAAGGAUACGAUGGGCAGGGCAUGUUGCAAGAAUGCCGGACAACAACCCUGCAAAGCUGGUGUUUGCUAACCAUCCGGUUGGUACAAGAAGGCGUGGAGCGCAGAGAGCACGAUGGGCGGACCAGGUGGAGCGUGAUCUGGCGAGUGUUGGGCGUGAUCGACGUUGGAGAGCUGCAGCUGCAAAUCGAGUAUUAUGGCGGCAAAUUGUUGAUUCAGUACUAUCAUGAUUUUGAUGUUAACUAAAUAAAUGAAGGACGUCUGACCAAUUGCAAAAUUUGCUAUUUGAAGAUCAACCGAAUAGCUCGCUGCUAUUGGUUAGCUCUCAAAAGAGCUAAAUUUGUUAUGAUAAUGUUGGUCGAGGAGUAAAUUUUAGCAAUUAUUUCCAGUACUUUUACCUUUUAUAGCAAACAAACCAAUAUCACUUUUCGAUCUCCAUAUCAAAAUAUGCUUUUAUCGAGUUAUUUUCUUCUGCUCGGGUUCUCUCCAUUCAACAAAGUCUCGAAGUCCUCCCAUCUGGUAGAUACAAUAGUUUUAUCUGUCAACAAGUUUCCUUCGCGGAUGGGAGAUGGAGCUGUCUUUCUCUGCAGGCUGUUGACAGUUUCGUAAAUUGUCUGCAUAUCGUUUUGUUUCACACUGUUUUGUGCCUAAGUAAAUAUAUCCACCUCGUACUACUUCUUUCGGCUGUGGAAUCUUUUCGCGGUAGAUCUUACUUCUUCGUAUACCGCUCAAAAACGAAGUUCAUAUUCAUGCUAUUGCAACCUGACAAUUACGACAUCUAUUGUUUUUGUUACUUUUGUUAUUUGUUACUAGUGUUUUGAGUUUGUAUAAUUAGAAUUGUAGCACUGUGCCAAACAUUAGAAGCAGUUUACACGUCUUCGUUUUUUUUUUAAAUUAUGAAGCUCUACUUGUCAUAUGGAAUUGUGAAAAUACUUAAACUAUGAUUUUUACAAAGUUGCAAUUAUAAUAAUGUAUGAAAAUCAAGAUUCCGUAACAAGAAUCUUUCAGUGUACAGUAGCGUACUCGACAGCACUCGAUGUUGAUGACGAAAACAUUGUGCCGUCUAUCCUUCUGUAGGCAAAGGAGACCAGUCCAAACCAAACCAAGUGAAAAUAGGCUUCUUGUCGAGCCGAGCCGCCCGUUCGGCAAUGCAAUUCCGAAAACAAGAUGCAGCUGCUGUCGUCGUUGCUAUCCUGGUUCUAGCUGUGCUCCGGCGCGGCAGCACCGGUAAUACCGUUCUUCGGAACGACAACCGACGUUGAGAACGGGAAAGUUUUGCCUUGCGGUUUUGUUCCAGCAGGCCUGCUGCUGCUGUUGAUGCUGCUGGUUCCUGGAGGUGAUUCUUUUUUUUCGCAUCACUUCCGCAGUGCAACGCAUACAUAUUUAUGAAAAGUUGAGAGAACUCUGGCUUUCGGGAUGUAGCAGGAGGCAUCACCAUUAUAGAGCUGCUGAGCCUUCUGGUGGAAUUUCGGAAAGUUGUUGCCUGGAGAAGUUGGUUGGUUGGAAUGGUUGGCUCUGUGCGGUGGUGGCAUCCUGCCAGCCAGGGACCCAGAGUGCACCUGGUGGUGAGGCUUGGUCGUUCUGAAGUGGCGACCUUGAUGUAGUGACGGUUCCUACCGGAUGGUGGAGUUUUUUUUGUGUGUGUAUGUGUGGAGAAAUAAGGUUUUUGUAAAGGUACUUUUAUGAUGUUGAAUGGAGGAGCAAGUUUCUGCGAGAUGAACAUUGCUUAACUUUUCGUGAGCACAUGUUGUGCAAUCAAUGCAUGAAAGAGGAGUAAAUAAUGUUGUGUUUGGUAUUUGGUUUUAGCCCACUUUGUUCUGAAUUAAACAGCGUGUUCUGCAUGUAAAUAGAGGUUGAUUUGUUUACGUCAUGUAUUCAUAUUUUAGGAAUACUUGAGGCGGGUUCAUUUUGGGAUCCACGCUUUACUUCCCUUCCGAAGGAAGAACUCACAAUUUUUGAAUUUGUCUGGAGUGGGAUUCGAUCCCAGAUCCUCUGCAUGAUAGUCACGUGCUUUAACCAUCACACCAGGUCCACUCCAUGUAUUCAUAUUGAAAACUAUCAAUUCAAGGGAGAGUCAACGAAUGAUUUUGUGAAAUCCACCGAGGGUUAUCUGAUAUUUCUGAAUUUUUAAUUCCUGGAAGACUACUUGGCGAAACUCCUUGGGAAACCACCGGUGAUAUUCGUAAAAGAAUCUCGUAAGGUAGUUCAAGAUACAGGCCAGGAUGAUUUCCUGGAGGAAUCCAUGGACAUAUGUCUGAAGGAAUUGUUUCAGGCAAACCUGGUGUUCCAAAUGGAUGAACUUCGGAAAAUAUUCCUAAAGAAAUUUAUUGAGAAGUUUUAAAAGGAAUUCCUAUAGAAGUUCCUAGGAGACUUUUCGAAUCUUCUAAGCAGAUAAUCAGUGAAUCAAAAUUCAACCAUCGCGGAACAAUAAUGACAAUGUCGCAACCUGUAUUUGUUGCGACAAACAAACCCAUGCGACAUAAGUUUGUCCCAACUUGAAAAUAAUGGGAUUAACAUCGUACACCAUGACUUUAGAGAUUUUUAAGCCUUGCAUUGCGAUUUUCGAACGGUAACUUCGAGUCGGUAAACACUGCAACUCUGGUGAAGCUCUAUCAACAAACAGUUUCGACUUUGGGUUAGCAAUAAUUGAUUAUUCGCGAGUUGAAAAGUACGCAACAAAUUCAGCUUCCGUUUUGUCUGCAACAAAAAAUUUCGAGAUCAUGUCAUUAUCUGUUACCAGUAGGGAUAAAGAGUAAUCGUCGCACCUUCUUUGUUGCUUGUUUUGUGCCCCUUUUGUUUGACAAUUCUCUUCACUUCAGAAAAUGCUCCUCAAUUUGAUUCCUACAAAAAAUCAUCGAUGUAAUUGCUUAGAAGUCCUGGAGGAUUAUCUGAGAAAAUUCAUAAAGGAUUAGCCAGAGGAAUUCCCAAAGAAAUCUCUAUAUAAGUUUUUUACAGGAAUUCCUGGAUGAAUUACUUCUAGAACCGUUGAAAAAAAAAUCUGUGAGAUUCUCUGGAGGAAUCCCUGAAGAAAUUUCUGAUAACAUUACAUACUUCGAGGCUUUCCCAUGAAAUCCUUGGGGAAAAUACUGUAGGAAUCCCUGCAUGAGUUCGUGAAGUAACGCUAGAAAAUUUUUGAAGAAACUGCUGGAGGAAUUUGUGAAAAAAUUCCUUGGAAGAUUUUUUAAAGCAAUUUCUGAAGAACAUUGAAGGAAUUCUGGUUAAACCUGGAGGAUUUUCCGAAAAAAUCUGUUCAACCUUCGUCGUGCAUUAGGGUCAUUAUAACCAAAACCCAAUUUCAAUUUCAUUAGAAAGCUCAUUUAUUUUUUUAAGGUCCCAUUAGGCAUGACAAAUAUUUGGCCAAACAAGCUAAACAAAUGACCAACACAACGGGAAUCAUAGCAACCUUGGAUGAAUGUCGGGAUUCAAUGGCAAAUAUUUGUCAUAAUGACAAACAGUCUAAUGGCUCCUUUAUUAUUUAAUUCUUUAUUUCUUCGUCUCAUAUUUUGAGAAAUCAUCAGAAAAUUUCUUUGAGAACUUUUUCAGAUCUAUUUUUAAUUUCUUCGGUAAUUUUCCAGGGCACUUUUUAAAAAUUUCUUCAGAAAUUCCUUUUAGGAUUCCUUUAGCCAUUUUUUGAGAAUUUAUUCAGCGAUGCUUUUGGGGAUUCCUAGAGCAUAUUUUAUGAUUUCUUUCGGAAAUAUAUCAAAAAAAUCAUUCCAAUUAUUGUGAUUCUUUGGAUAUUGCUUUAGCAAACCCUUCGGUAAUUCUCCUUGCAAAUUCUUUGUUUUUUUUUUGCAAUUUCUCUCAAUAAAUACUUCCUUGGAAUAUUCGUUCAGAAACUGUAAUGGAAAUUCUUCAAAACACAUCUUUGAGAAUUGAUUUGAUUGUUACUUUCACGAUUUCUUCCGGCAUUUUCAUGAUGAUUUCUUUCUGCUAUUUCGUCAUGAAAUUCAUAGUAAAAGUUUCUGGCAAUGUCUUUAGUAAUUUAUUCGACAAUUCCUUUGGAAAUUACACAGGAAAUUCCUUUGGAACUGAUUGGGCCAUUUCUUUGAUGCUUCUAAAUGCGUUUUUUAAAUUCUUUCGAAUGUGCCUCAACUUAUUCGAUAUUAUUCUUGUUUUUUCUCAGAAAUUCUUUUGCUUACUUCUUCGGAAGUAAGUUUGGGGUGUCUUUCGGCAAUCCCUUCCAGAUUUGCUUCGUUAAUUUUUGGAAAGUAAUCCGGUUAUUCGUUUAUAGUGGUUUCAACUAUUUCUAUGCAAAAUUUUUGACUAUGGCUUUGUGAAGUAUUACGGAAAAUUCUUUGGGAACUUCUCCGGUAAUUACCUGAGUUUUAAAAAUUCCUUUGGCAGAAGAAUAGUUUCCCUUCGGUCGUUCUGUCGUAAAUUCUUGGAUUUUGUUUAAUUCACAAGAGAGUAUCAAACAGACGGAAUUUCCUUACGGAAUUAUUUAUUCAAUUUGUUGAGGAAUUUUUAGAAAAAUUCCCAAAAAAAAAUCAAAGGAAUUAACAGAGGAAUUUUUAAAAAUUGCCAGAGAAUUUUACCAACGAAAUGACUAAGGUAUUUUCAAACUACCUGCCGAAUGAAUUUCCAAAGGAAUUAUCGAAAGAAUGACAAAUGUAAUUGUCAGGUUAAUUACCAAAGGUAUUGCCGAUGAAACUUUCCAAAAAAAUGCUGAAGAAAAUCUCCUAGGGGUUAUCGUAAAAAUGUCCAAAAAGCAAUUUCCUGAAGAAUUUAUAAGUGUAAUGCCGUAGGUAUUUUCAAAAAUAAUAACUUAGACCGAUUUCCAAACUUACUGCCGAAAAAUUAACAAAACAAUUUCCAAAAAAAAAUCCAAAGGAAUUGCCAACAUUAUUUUCAAACGAAUUGUCAAAAAAAAAGAAAAAACUUUGCAGACAGAAUCUCCAAAGAAGUCCGUAGAAGAUAUUUUGAAAGAAGUUCACAAAGCCAUUGCUGAAGCAUUUGCUAAAAGUAUUGACAAAAGAAGAAGAUCCUAAUAAAUUUUCUUAUUUAAAGAAUUGCCGCAGAAAUUUAAAAAAUUCUAACGGUGUUCCAUAAAGUAUCUUGAACAUUUUAACUAAAUCAAAUAUGAACUCAAUUGCUGAUGGGAUUUUCGAAGAUAGUCCUUUAGGAAUUGCAGCACGGAUUUCCAAAGUUAUUACUGAAAAAAAUCUAUCAAAUAAAUCUCCGAAAUAAACCACAGAAAACAUAUUUGACGCUUAAAUCGAACUGACAACUAUAAAGAAUUAAAUAAUUAAAUUGUUGUUUUUAUGUGAAAACUUUUAUUUUUCUCAGAAGUUUUUGCAAACACAGAGAGGCCCAGAUUCGAUUAUAUCAUGCUUUUGGCUUCUGAAAGCAAUAGCACCACAAAGUGAGCGAAUUUCUAACUGAAUUGUUUUCCAUGCUAAUUUGCAGUCUUCUCCAGUGAUCAGUCGGGCAGUGAUCUUCAAUUUCUCUAUUAAAUUCCUAAAAGGGUCGUUGAUGAAAUUUCCUAGAAAGCCUAGAGAGUUUCUUUAGAGAAAAUCCUGGAGAAAUUUCAGAGAAAAUACAUAAAGGAAAUCUCAGAAUAAUUUUUUGCAGGAAUGUCUGGAGGAAUUCCUACUGGAAUUGUUGGAAGAAUUCCUGUAAGAAUCACAGGAGGAACCCAUGAAGAAAAUUUUGAUGACAUUCCUUCGAGAAAUUUCAAUGAAAUCCCUGUAGAAAUCACUGUAUGAAUCCCUGUAGGUGUUUGUGAAGUAACGUUUGUUUUUUUUAAAGAAACUGCUGGUGAGAAAGUUUUUGUAAGAAUUCCCGGAGAAAUUUUCGGAAGACUUCCUGUUCAAAAAUACUUAACAGAAUAUCUGAAGAAAACUCUGUAGGACAUUGAAGCAAUUCCUGAAAAAAUCUGAAGAAACUUAGUGGAUUUCACAUAAAAAUCUAUUGAAGAUUAUCUGUAAGAUUUCCUGGAACAAUUCCCAAAACAACCACGACCAACACCAAAUUAAAAAUCAUUGGAAAACAUUUUGAACAAAUUCUCAAAAGAGUAUCUGGUGGAAUCCUACGAGAGUUUUUUAAGAAUUCUGUCAGAGUUUUUAAAGAACUGUUACAUUAGGUAAUAAUUUGUCCAUUUUGGUUAACAUUUGUGAUGUGUGCAAACUUUAUGGGAAGCUAGAAAAGUGUAAACAUACCUGAACGCAAACAAGAAUGCUGAAGGGCACUCGCUUGUGGUCAAAAGCUCCGCAAAGAAUUUGCUUGCCACGCGAAAGAGACAGCCAUCCAUAUCCGCUGCUGCCCAGUCGCGCUCACACGUACCUACGGGCUCCGUGCAAAGAGCACAGAAGUGGUGAAAUCGUGCGGUAGGAAAGUCGCACCGUUGCUGCCGUCAAACCACCAUUGAAGAAAAAACGACUCCCCAAUCCCGAGACUCCCAGUGCGAGAAGAAACAUUCCAGCACCCCGGUCAGGAUAGCCGUCGAUCGGACUGAGCCGGCUUAUUCCGAAGAGCACUUUAGCUGCACGUGGCAUCGCCAGUGGGAAUCGACGACCAACCAUCAGCAACACCAGAGGACUCUGGGCGACUAAAAACGGUUCCGGACUCGAUCGUUCAAGCAGCGAAACGACAUUGUCGUCUAGCCGGACUGGCCGUAUCAAGAACCUCCUAACACGAGAAACAAUCCUCCAUAGUUGGAAAACGAAAAGGGCCUUCGAAGCGAACCGAUCCCGGUUUCCUCGAAGCGGCGAGCACCACCCGCAGCUCAGAUCGCGUUAUCCGACAAGGAGUGAUCGAAUUCCACGAGCCACCACCGUCUCUGGGGCACGGCGGCGAAACCCAGCUGCUGGCAAGCGACGAUCACUACGGCCAGGCUGCUGGAGAGCACUGGCCACCGAAAGGAAUCGGUACGUUGGGCCGCGAGGAGUGAACAGCAUCGAUGGUCGGUCAAGCGGACCACCCAGCGGCGAGACGCAGCAAGUCGUCCCUCCGGAUCGUCAAGCGGGACAGCGCCGGCAACUGAUCGGUGCGGCUGGAUGCGAGUAGGACGUAGGCAGUGUGCGUGAGUACCCGAAAAGAAAGAGGAAGAAGCAAAGGAAGAACACCUUGAAGAGGAAAAUGAUGUGAAGAGGAAGCAAAGUCAGGGAAAUAAGAUUAGGAGCAAGGUGAAUAAGGAAAGGGUAUGAAAGUGGGAGAAUAAAUGUUUGCACCAUGAAUAUCUGUUUGUUGGCGUUUUAUGUGGCUUAGCCGGCACGACCAAUGCCUUUUCCCUUCGCAAAGGUCGUUUCACAACAUUGGCGCCCAACAAAACGAACCAUUUUAGUUUGUGGUUUGUAGAUUUUAGAAUUUGUGUUCUGUUUGUGGCACAAUUCUGUUAUUUUGUAGCACAUUUGUAGAACCUACCACAUUUUUAGUUUUGUCUAGUUGGCUAAUUAAGACCUUUUGGAUCAUGGAUCCAGCAAGCCUAUCAGAAGAAGAGAUCAGUUACGAACUGGCCUUGCGCCACGUAAACAAUCUCGGAGCACUUCCUCGCAGGGCUAGAGCCGUUCGCUUGCGUGCUCUUAUGCAGGAAGAUGAGAUAAAAGGAAUACUUUACGACAAUUCCUCCCACGUUAUGGAUGUGGGGGACAAUAUCAGUCAAUGUCAAUCUCGCGUGCGCGAAUUAAUACCCGAAGUGGAAGCAGCUUUGAAGCGCGGUGAUCUCCCAGCAGUUCGUUUACUACGGUCGCGGUUAGUGCACUAUCGGGACAGACUAUCCAUCGUGGAUCCACCGGUAGCUUUCCUCGACACACACGCAGCCGUGGCGCUUUUAGUGCAGUUUUCCCUGGAAGAUGUGGACGAUGCGCUAGGAAGAACGAAGAAAAGUGCCAGACCAGUGAACAGUGACAGUGCCAAUAGAAGCAGUACCGGUGCAGUUCCAAAAGGGACCACACAAUCUUCGACCGUGACUGAAGGAGACUUCCUAGGAUUCGACGAGAAUGGAAAUCCAGUCAACCAUUCGGGUACAUCGAAUCAAGCGUCCAUCAUCCACGCUGAGCGACAACAGCGACAUACAGCAUCUCCAGUGACCGAUCCGAGAGCAGCUAGACCUCAACGCGACAGCUCAACACUCCACGACAACGAGAGAGGCGCUGCAUCAUUGGAAGCCAUGCGUACCACGCGAGGAAGAGGUUGGAGCGCGGUUGGUCAGCGAGUCGUCCCGAACAACAGGUUUGAAGCGCAGAAAAACUCCAGCUGGCGAGAACCAACGAUGGGCAGCACCAUUCCACCACCGCCAUAUGAACCGAUAAGAACCGAUGCGGGCGAAGCUGAUGCGAGAGGUGACUACAACCAACUGCGGGCCGAUCUACUGCGACAGCUGAACUACAGGGCGCAAGAACACGUUCCAAGACCGCUGUUAGAAGAAAGAAGAACACUGAAGGCCAUCCAUAACUGGCCGUUCAGAUACAAAGGCGAGAAGGAUGGGUCGUCGCUGAACACCUUUCUGCAACGUGUGGAGAUUUUCGCUGCAUCGGAAGGAGUAACGGAGGAUGUGCUGCUGAGGAACGUCAAACAUCUGCUUCUGGACGACGCGCUCAACUGGUACAGCAAUGUAUACGUGUCGGGAGAGUUGGUAACCUGGGACGAUUUCAAGCGGCUGAUCAGGCAAGAAUUCUUGCCGGCGAGCUACGCCUACAUUCUGCGGGCCGAAGCAUACCACCGCUUGCAGGGCGAGGAAGAGCCGUUCUCCAAAUUCUACCAGGAUAUAUCCACUCUCUUCCAAUACGUGGAUCCUCCGGUGACCGAUCAAGAGAAGCUGUUCAUUAUCAAGAAGAACAUGAACUCCACGUACGCUCCGAUUGCCGCAUCACACCACUCCAUACGCCUGCUGGUGAAGGCGUGCAAGGAACUAGACGAACUCCGGAAACUACAACAUCAUCAGCGACGGAUAUCGCUACCGUAUGGGGCACUGAUUGAACCAGCGCUGGCUACUCCAAACUCUUCGCUGCGCCCGGCGAAGCCACAACCACCGCUCCAAAGAUUUGGAAAGGUUCACGCUUUGGAAACGGAAAGUUUUCACAGUUAUGGAGAAAGCAGUUCACCAACAGCCUACGGUGCAGAAGCAGAACAGGUAGCGCAGGACGAGGAUAAGAUGGACCAGCGGAUGGAAGCCCUGUUACAGCAGGUGAAUGCGUUGAAGCUGAGAUUCGACCGUCGAGAAGCAGUAGGAAGACAGUCGCCCAACCAACAGUUCCCACAAAUGCCAGCGAACAAUCCUAACAACCAUCGCCAAGUUCCUGAAGCAAACAACGCUCGCGAUCCACCGGCGGCGAUGAUUUGCUGGAACUGUGACGAAGGGGGACACCGGUUCAUGGACUGCGCCAAACCCCAGGCAGUACUGUUCUGCUAUCGCUGUGGACAAAAGGGAUUCUCGUUGCGAAGUUGCCCGACCUGUCUUCAACGCUCGGGAAACGCGCAAGCGGGGAGCCAGUAACAGAGG